CCGCCCGUUACAAAUUCGCGCGAACGGAGUACGUGGGUACUGCAACUGCUCCUCUGUCUCUCUUUCUCUCUCUCUCUCUCUGAAAUGAGCGUCGAAAGGCAGGGUUCAUGUGUAGCAAUAAGGAUUCUCUCUCAUUCUUCUCUCUCUAGGUGCGGACAUGGUUCAGGGUCCUCAGCUAUAACUAGUGGAACACCAGCAUGGCUUGGGAGGGGUCUUUCUUGUGUGUGCAUUCAACGCAAGGGAACUUAUGAGCGAAUUUGUGCCACUUUGACUCCAAUACAGGAAGAAAGAUUGCGGCGCUUGAAAAAUCGCAUGAAGGUUGACUUUGAUUCUUCAAGGCCUGAUCACCAGGAAGCUUUGAGGGCUCUGUGGAAUGCUACUUACCCUGAAACAAAGCUUCAAGGUCUAAUAUCUGAACAAUGGAAGGAAAUGGGAUGGCAAGGAAGAGAUCCAUCAACUGACUUUAGGGGAGCUGGCUUUAUUUCUUUGGAGAACUUACUCUUCUUUGCAAAAACAUUUUCCACUUCGUUCCAGCGACUACUGAAGAAGCAGAGAGGGAAAAGAGCCACUUGGGAGUACCCAUUUGCUGUAGCUGGUGUAAACAUUACCUUCAUGAUCAUGCAGAUGUUAGAUCUACAUUCCCCGAAACCCAGCACAUUGAUUGGGACAAUCUUCAUGCAGAUGCUCUCAGAAUAUGAGUGGGCCUUUGACUUGCUUUACUGUGUGGCUUUCAUGGUUAUGGAUGAACAAUGGCUUGCCAGGAAUGCCUCCUACAUGGAUUUCAAUGAUGUGCUAAAAUCUACACGGUCUCAGCUAGAGCGCGAAUUUCUUUUGGACGAUGUGCUGCGAAUUGAGGACAUGCCCUCGUACAGCCUUCUCUCUUAGCAAUCUCCCUCUCUCUCUCUCUCUCUCUCACUCUGGGCAAUGUGCUGCAGAAUGAGGACAUGCCUUCGUACAGCCUGCUGUCUCUCUCUCUCUUUCUCUCUCUCCAGUUUUGUUGUAAAUAGAUUAAUAUCUCUAAUUGAUUUUAUUGCCGGCCGUGAGCUAGGGCUAUGACAGCACCAAUUUUCAAGCAUCAUUGUCCAUUUUA